UAUAUGCAGCCUCCGAGCGCCCUCCUGCAGCUCGCUCACGGCGCCCAGGAUGCUGACGAGGCCGGCGCUGCUGCUCAGCGCUCUGCUGUGGCGCCUGACCGCCGCCGGCUAUGAAGAAAUACCAACAGCAGUCAAUAUAACUUGGUCUUCAAUCAAUUUUAAAACCAUACUACAGUGGCAACCGAAACCAUCAGGCUACUUCUAUACUGUAGAAAUACAUGGACAGACAUCUGACAUAAAGAGAAAAUGCAUACUGACUUCAGAAACAGAGUGUGAUGUUACUGAUGCACUCAGGAAUGUAAAUGAGACUUAUACAGCACACAUACUGUCUGUAAUGCCUGCAGAGAUGGAUAAUUUUGAAGAGCCACCUUUUGCAGUCUCUGAAAAAUUCACACCUUAUAGUCAGACUGUUAUUGGAAAACCAGAGAUAAAGAAUUAUUCACAAGAAGGUUCCAAACUGAAUGUCGUGUUCAAAGACCCACUUACACCAUAUAUAUUUCCUAAUGGAAGCUUUCAAAGUAUUCAAGAUAUUUUCCAGCAUGACCUGGAAUACAAACUCUAUUACUGGAAAGAUCAAAGUUCUGGAAAGAAAGAUGUAACGACAAAAAGCCAUAAUUUUGAAGUAAGUGUUGACAGUGGAAAGAACUACUGCUUCUAUGUCCAGGGAAUCAUUCCCUCCCGCAGAGAAAACCGUAAUGGCCAAGAAAGCGUGGUGCUCUGUACUGGUGCAGGAAGGAAUAACUUAGAUGAAUAUGGAGCAGAAGUCUUUAUCAUCCUAGCAGUGAUAGCAGUUGCAGUCAUCACUCUUGCCAUCGUCCUUCCAGUGGUUCUGUGUAAACGCAAGAAAGCAAAGGAAGCAAGAGCUGUGAGAGAAAAGGAGCUGCUUAAUGGUGUAUAAGGAAAAAGUAUAGCAGACGCUAGCAGCAGUACCAAAGCAGAAAAAAACCCCAACAACAAAAAAACCUAAAUUAGGUAGAUGGGUGGAGCCUUUUAGGCUCUCUGAAGCCCAAACUUUGUGGAUUAAAAAAUCCACUAGACAGUACAAAUGAAAAAUCCAGAUAUCAGGAAGCUCUGUGUCAUUAGUGGCCAGAGGCUGGAAGAGCAUUCUGGUGAUCUGUUACAAUCAUGGAAUAUAGAAUAUGCUGAGUUGGAAGGGACCCACCAAGAUCAUUGAGUCCAAGACCUGGCCCAGCACAGCACCAUCCCCAAGCACACCCUGUGCCUGAGAGUGUUGUCUAACAGCUUCUUGCACUCUGCCAGGCUGGUGCUGUGACCACUUCCCUGGGGAGCUGUUACAGUGCCCAAACACCCUCUGGGUGAAAAAUCUUUUCCCUGAUACCCAACCAAACACUUCCCUGACUUAACUUCAUGCUUUUUUUAGAGUCCUGUCACUGGUCAUAAGAGUGAAGAGAUUGGCACCUGCCCUCUGCUUCCUUUGGUGAGGUUGUGGAAGACCAUAGUGUCUCCUCUCAGCCUCGUCCAGGCUGAACAGACCCAGUGACCUCAGCCACUCCUCAUCCUCAUGGCUUCCCUUCCAGAUCCUUCCCCAUCCUUGUUACCCUCCUUUGGACCCUCUCUGACAGCUCAAUGUCAGUUUUAUAACGUGGCACCCCAAACUGGCCCGGUACUCAAGAUGAGGCUGCCCCAGUGCAGAGCAGAGGGGACAAUCCCCUCCUCUGCCUGCCUGGCCAAGCUGUGCCUCAUCCCCCCAGGACAGGGAUGUCCUUCCUGGCUGCCAGGGCACUGCUGGCUCAUGUCCAGCUUUCCUUGGAUGGGAUCCCCAGACCCUUUCUAUGGCACUGCUCUCCAGCCCCUCACUCCUCAGUCUGUCUGUACAGCCAGGGCUGCCCCAUCCCAGGUGCCAAAUCCUGCACUUUCCUUUUUAGAACUUCCUAGGGUUGGUGAUUGCCUGUCUCUAAAUUGUCAAGGUCUCUGCAGAGAGAUUGCUCCUAGACUGUUCCCAAAACCCUUCUAUUGUCCUGUCAAACAGGAUUCUGAACUAGAGGUACUUUUAGCUUGAUUAGUAUGGCCUUAUUGAGCCAGAAGAUUUAUGGUACUUGUGAGGGGAAAAAACACUACUUUUAAAAAAUAGGUGUCCUUUACCUAACAAAAAGGAACAUUUUUCUGUUUCUAUGAAACGAACUCUGUAUUUAUCUGGCUUUUAAUGAUAUUAACUGGUGAAAUGAUCUGUUAGUUCAGAUGACAAAACUGCUACUAUUAUUUCUGCACUUCUUGGAUAAAAUUAACUUGGUCUGUUUAUCUUUGGAUGUAGACAAAGGUAAACAAAUUGAAACUACUGCACUGGCAACUUGUAAGAAACACUAUUGAAGCAGAUACUUGCUAUUUAUCUGGAGAGUAUAUCCAAUUACACUACACCUAGAGUUAUAUAGAUAGGGGAGUCUGAUAGUUCCAAGUAAGUGUUAGAACAAAUACUUUGCAGGCUUUGAGUCAGUAGUAACUCAUUUCAGCUAGCACUGAACGGGAAGCAGUAUUUAAACACUUGAUGAAUGGUUUCUGUGGUGUAGAUUCAAAUAAUCUUGGUGAUGGGAUUUGGAGAUAUCUGCUGCUUUGAAUUUUAGUAUUUAUUUUAUAAAUGAGAAUCUAAUUUUUAUACUGGUGUUAUCUGUAUUUAUGAUGGUAAUUUUAUACUUUUUCUAUGAAAUAAAGGUGACUGGAAACAUA